CACGAUACCAUCAUUUCCCAUAUCGAAUUCUUCCAAAUGAACUACUCUCUAAACCUUAAUGUUUCCCCCAAAUCGAUAUUUCAAUGGAUAUUUUCUUUAAUUUUCAUGUCAUUUUUUGUUAUGUUUUAUGGCACAAGAAACUAAUGAAAUUCAUGUCCUUUUUAGCGAUGUCACGUCAUCGAUAUGACCGAAGUUUAUUUUGCGGAUGACUUUAGAGUUCAUAUGAUUAACUUGUAUAGUUCGGAUAUGAAUGGUAGAUUUGUAAACGAAAUUGACUUACAGGUUUUGUUUGCAGCAAACCCAAAAAUUAAAAGCCUAAUGAAGAAAAAUUCGGAUUGGGCUUGGAGUUGUUCGGAUGAAUUGUUGUUUGUAGCCUUAUAGGGGCCCUUGUUUAUACAAGAAGAAAGAAAAAACACAAGAGACGACGCAAUUGAAAGAAAAAAAAAAACGAGAAGCGUUUUCUUUCUCUCCAAAAUCCAUUACUCGCGAACUUUCCUCUGCUAAGGUAUUCUUUAACCUUGUCAACACACUAGCCUUAAGUGUUCACUAGAAAGAGGUGGUGAUUAUGAGUUCAAGCGAAGCGUUUCCCGUGAUGCAGGAGAUCAUGCUUGAGUUUCGUGCUGGGAAGAUGUCUUUGCAGGGAACAAGAGUUGUCCCUGAUGCACGAAAAGGACUUGUCCGCAUAGCUAGAGGUGACGAGGGACUGAUUCAUUUCCAGUGGCUUGAUCGAAACCAGAAUACAGUAGAAGAUGAUCAAAUUGUUUUCCCAGAUGAAGCUCUAUUUGAAAAGGUUAAUCAAUCCUCAGACAGGGUGUAUAUUCUGAAGUUCAACAGUGAUGACCGCAAGUUAUUCUUCUGGAUGCAGGAGCCAAGAGCUGAAGGUGAUGCAGAAUUGUGCUCUUCAGUCAAUCAAUACCUCAAUCAACCACUAGAGUUUCCUGGUGAAGAAGGACUUGCAGCUGCUAUCACGGAGGAGCUGGAAGACAUGGCAGAGGAUAAUACAUCAUCUAGAGCGGGAAACUUGGUUGUACCAAAUUUGUCUUCAGAGGUGAGUGACGUGACAUCGUCCUCUGGACCGGUUAAGCUGGCAGACCUGCAAAGAAUUCUGAACAACCUCUCUGGUGGCCCUGUAGGUAUUGCUGGAGAUCAAGACGAAGGUUUAGCAUUAGGGGAUAUCUUGAAACCGGAGUUGAUAAUGCCAUUGCUUGAGGCGUUGCCGGUACAAGAACGACUAUCUUCGCAUUUACCUGAGGGUCAUUCUAGGGCAGAAGAUAUACUGGAGUUGUUGCAGAGCCCUCCUUUUCGUCAACAAGUAGAUGCAUUUACCUAUGUACUCCGCACAGGACAAAUAGAUUUGACUCAGUUUGGUAUAGACCCAAGUAAAUACAAGUUCACAGUGGACUCAUUCCUUGAAGCACUUGAAGACUCGGUUUCAACGCAAUCAAGGGAUGCGAUGGAUGAGAGUUAAUCUUUUCAUAUUCUCAUGAUUUUGUUCGAACUUUGAUAUUGAACUGAGAAAAACAUCUUCGUUGUUUGGUGGAUCAUUUAUGGAGUUUUCAUGAAAGUGUAAGGAUCAUCAUGGGAUUUUCCUUUUCUGCCACAAAGGUUUCUAAGCAUUUAUAUCAAUUUUACGAUUUAAUUAGACUAGGACAUGCGGAAUCACGAUUUCAAUAGGAAAAAGAAAACCCUAACC